UUAGCAAAUCAGCUGUAUGAAAUAUUGCUGUUAUUGCAGGUGCGGGCACGGGGUGCGGGCCUUGAACCGCGCGAAAUACGCCGCCCAUAUCAGCGUUUGUCAGCCUGUACGGGCUCCAGCCGUUCCACCAUUUUUUUGAAGCACUCGCUGGGGCUCAUAGAGAGCAACACUAGUACUGAGAUUCUGCUCAAGCAACAACAACUUUCGCGGUUUCAAGCCCAGCACUGAACUGAACCCCGACGUCGUUUUCCUAACAGCACACACAUGUACCAGCUCUGUCAUAAGCAUCGCUGACAUAAAUAGAGCUUUCGUGAAGUUUCCAGCAUUUUGCUGCGCUGAGAGCACAAAUGCCAUUACUGGGCUGCUGCUUUGGUCCUCCGAGGGCCGACCGAGAGGUCCAGCAGCAGCCGCGCCUUGUACCUGUCAACAUACAACGGGCGAGUGUGGCCUCGGAACCGAGCCGGAAGCCUCCCACAGAAGUAUCGAGCCGAGCGCCGGUUGUGUCAGUCUCGCAUGGCGCAGUCUGCAUCACCUCGGAAGCGCCUGUUGCUACGAAGGACCCUGAAUCACGGCACAGUGAGCAACAAAGGAGGGAAAGCUCUGAGCUCCGAGGGUCGACAACUCGGCCGAUUUUGCACCCCGCUAUCUCCGAACUUCUCGCGGGGCUGACCUUUUCCAGCAAAAUCCUGGGCGCCGGAAGCUUCGGUAUUGUCGCUGCAGGCCAGCUGGAGGGUGUGGGGCCGGUCGCGGUCAAGGUGCUGCUGAAUGACUCGACCCGCCAGGGCAGCAAGGCAGCGGCGCAGGAGGCCAAGCUCGCGCCCGGCCUCACCCACCCGCACGUUAUCAAGACCUACUCCACACGAACCGCCGCCCUGACAGCCGACCUGUUCGACGCCCUGGAGUCCCACCGCGCCGCCACCCUGCAGCAAGCAGCACGCCGCACAGCCGCCGCCGCCGCCGCCGCCGCGGCCGCAGCCGCUGCCGCCGCCGGGGGCGGCGGCGCCGCUGUUGCGCCUGUCCCGGCGGCGGCACCCAAGCUGCUGUACGGCUCUGUGGGUCCGAACCCGGCCCCUCAGGUGCUGGCCAUGGCCCUUCAGCUGGAGGCGGCGGUGGAGGCGGCCAAGGAGCGGCUGCAGCGGUGGGAGGUGCAAGCGCAGCAGCAGGAGCAGGAGCAGCAUGUGGAGAAGGGGAAGCAGCAGGGGCACAAGGCGCGGGGCCCCAGCAGGCGGCGGCUGCCGCCGCGCAAGCUGCGCUUCUGCAGCGCCGCCGCCGCCGCCUCUGCGGAUGCUACUGCCGCCGCUGGCGGCGGCGCCGGCGGCGUGUGCUGCGCCGACUGCAAUGGGCACCCCUGUCCACGCCACCACGCCGCCUGCGCCUGCCCGGGCUGCCUUGCCGCGGGGGCAGUAGCAGGGCUCCCGGGCGGUAGGGAGACGCAGCAGGAGCUGCUGCUACAGCCACUGGAGACUGGAGGUCCGGGCGGUGCUACAGCCGCCGCCGCCGCCUCAGGCUCGGCCUCGGUGCAGCCGGCGGCGGCGCUGCACGAGUUGCUGUGGCGUCUGGGGGCGGAGGUGGGGCAGGAGGCGACGGUGGUGGUGAUGGAGGUGGCGGAGAAGGGCACGCUGUCGCGGGCGCUGGCGCGUGGCAUCUUCGCGCCGAGCGAGCGGUGGAGCCUGCGUGUGGCCCGGCGCGCGCUGGUGCGCACGCUGGCCGAGGUGGCGCGGGCGCUGCUGCACCUGCACUCACGGGGGCUGGUGCACGGCGACCUCAAGCCCGCCAACGUGCUCCUCAAGUCCUCACGAGAUGACCGCCGCGGCUUCACAGCCAAGGUGUGUGACUUUGGUCUGACGCACGUGCUGCCGCCCGGCGCCGCCAGCCUGGACACCAGCCGCUGGGGCACGCCGCUGUACGCCUCGCCCGAGGCCAUGACCGGACACGUGGGCCUGGCGUCGGACGUGUGGAGCUUCGGCGUGAUGCUGUGUGAGGCGCUCACACGGCAGCGGCCCUAUGGAGGGAACUUCGAGCCAGCCCGCCUGGUCCUGGGUGUGCUGGACGGCUCCCUGCAGUUGGGCUGGCCGCAGCCGCCGCCCGGCGCCCCGCCGCCCCCAGACCUGUUGGCGCUGCACCGCCGCCGCGUGGCACGGCAGCAGGCGCGGCGGCAGGCGCGGCAGCACCAGGCGCUGCUGGCGGCGCAGGAGGCGCAGAUCCAGUGCGACAUGCAGCAGGUGCUGCUGAUGCAGCAGCAGCAGCUGCAGCAGCAGCAGCAACAGCAGCAGCAGCAGCAGCAGCAGCAGCAGGCGGGCGGCAGUGCGCACUGCACGCCGGGCACGCCGCCGGGUACCAGCAUGGGCGGCGGCGCCGCCGCCGCCGCCGCCGCCGCCGCGCCGUCGCUUCUGGCGGCGCCGGCGCUGACGCCGGCCUCCGCCGCCGCCUUCCUGACCCGCGGCGGCACACGGCGCAUGGACAGUGGCACCUUCAACCCCGCUCCCACAGACGGCUGGCCCGCGCCCGUGGCUGUAGCCGCCGGCGGCGCUGCUACUGCCGUCGCCGCCGCGGCGGCGGCGGCGCCGCCGCCGCCGCCACCCGCCGCCACAAGCUCGCUCCGCGCCGGUCCCAGCCGUGCCGCACUGUUCGGGCGCGGGGUUACGUCCGGCACCACUGACAUGCUCACGACGUUGGGCACGCCACGCGGCGGCGGCGGUACUGGCGGCGGGGGCGGCAUGCGCUACCUGCUGACAACCGCCCAGACCACCCUGGGCACCAUCUACUCCACACUCGACACCUUGCCAAACGCCGGCGACCUAUUCCCUGACGAAGCCACCACCCCAGGUGCCACUGCCGCCGCGGCGGCGGCUGCAGCUGCCGCUGCGACAGCCGCUGCUACAGCCGCUGCGGCGGCCGCCGCCGCCGCGGGCUGCGAGGAGGAUGAGGCUGAGGAGCAGGAGGAGGAGGAGGCGUUCCUCGCGGCGGCGGCGGCCACCGCUCCGGACGCGGACCCUGUGCUGGUCAGUCUGGUGGCUCUGGGGCGACGCUGCACCGCUCGCGACCCCAAAGCCCGGCCCUGCUUCGCCGAGAUCUUGGGAGACCUGGUCGACAUCGAGAGCAUCCUCCGGAUGGCCCGCCCCGCUGCGGCUACUGCCGCUCCUACUGCCGCUGCUCCUGCCGCUGCUACCGCGACUGCUGCCACUGCCACGACUGCCGCUACUGCCGCUACUGCCGCUACUGCUGCCACUGCGGCCGCAGCUGCUGCCACUACCGCCGCUGAGACGGCCGCUGCGGUUGCCGCUGCUGCGGCUGCGGCUGCGGCUGCGGCUGCCGAUGCCGCUGCUGCUGCAGCGGUGGCUGAGGCCGAGGCUGAGGCGGCGGCGACGGCAGCGGCUGAGGCGGCGGCGGCGGCGGCGGCGGCGAAAGCUGCUCCUGCUCGCGGCGCUGCUACAGCAGUGGAUGAGGAGGCGGCCGCCCGCAAUGCGCGGGUGUUCCAGUGGCUGGACACCGCCGCUGCCAUGGAGCCCGAGACGGCGGCGCUGGUUGCGCACACCUGCGCCGUUGAUGCGGCGGCGCAGCUGGCGGCGGCCGCUGCCGAGGCCGCCGCAGUGCCGCUGGCGCCGCCGCUGCCGCCGCUGCUGCCGCCACGGCAGCGAUCGGCGGGGCCCGCAAGGGCGGGGGCGGCGACAAUGCGGUCGUCGGGCAGGCCGCUGAGCGCGGCCGCUGUUGCUACUGCCGAGUCUGCUGCUACUGCUGGGCUGAUCCUGCGGCUGCCGCCGGCUGUAGCAGCGGCCCUUGCCGGCAUGCCGGGUUUGGAUCCAGACUCUGCCUGCUCGCCGCGCCUGCGCCCCACCUCCACGACACCCACCGCACUUCUGACGGGUGCUGGUGGCGGCGUCGGUGGCGGCGUCGGUGGCGAGGAGAAAGCAUCGGAGCCGACUGCGGCUGAGGCAAAGGCGGCGGCGGCGGCGGAGGAGGAGGAGGAGGAGGAGGAGGAGGAGGAGGAGGAGGGCGCGAUGUCUGCCGCCGAGGCAGGUGCCGAGGUGGAGGAGGGGGCACAGGCGCGAGGCGUAAUGCUGCUUGACGCGGCGGCUGUGGCGGAGGGGGAGGAGCAGGAGGGAGAGCAGCCGGCCGCCGUGGCGGCGUCGGCGUCGGCGGCAGCAGUGGUGGCGGCACGCUUUGUCCAGGAAGGCUGCUACUCCUCGGCGCUCCUGCUGCCCACCACACCCGACUGCUCGGAAGCCAACUGCUGCUGCACGGUCGUGACGGGCACGACGGUGCGCACGGGCGCGUCGGGACGUGCCGCCUCCGCCGCCGCCGCCACCGCCGCCGCCGUGGCGGCUGGGUUCGAUGCGGUGUCCAGCACUGCCGGUGUGUCCAGCGGCGUGGCCAUGAGCGGCGUCGGCAUGCUUUGAUGCAGCUAGCUGCUUUGACGCGGCUUCUUGCUUUCGGCUUCCAUAACAUCAACAACGACAAAGACGACGGAUUAGAAACAUGCUGGCUGUAUUGGCACGCGCCGCACACGUGACGCUGAAAUGAAUUUGCCGUGCGAAUGGUCAACAAUAAGCAAAUAGAAAGCGCGACGUAGCGGCAGCUUGCCCUACCGGUUACUUUUGACAUCGGCCACCUAAAACCAUUAAGUGGUCGGGGGUACAUUGUCUAUUGGUGGAGGGAGCUUGGACUGUUUUCGGGCGUGGGCGCGAAUGUGGGUGUGGGCAUACGAUUGAAGAGUGUGCGAUUGAAGAGUUGCCGGAAAUGCUUCAUUGUGACCAGGAUUUGGCAAUCGGCAUGGUAAACAGAAACAUUACGACAAUGCGUGUGUGUGUGUGUUGAAAACGAAACGAAAGCCCGCCCGUGUGUGUGUGUGUGUGUUUAAGGUUGCACCGCAGCCGUAAUUCAGAGAGACUCGCUGGUACAGGUGGUGGUACGCCUAGGGGGUGUGGCGGCAUUGCGCGACACCACUUUGAUUACCGGCGCGGACGGCGGCGAUGGGUUCCCACCACACUCGUCAUUAACGGGUGCUUAGGGGCGUGUGUGUAUGGCACACGCCCGUGCGUACGGCACUCGCGCACGCACACUUAGUGGCGCGGCGGCGGCAGGCUACAUGCGGGUGCGUGUCGCGGGUUGCAGUGGCGCCGGGACGAAGUAAGGGUUGCUGGCGAGGGAGCCUGGAGCUGUGGACGGGAUUGAAGUGUAUUGCGGCAGGGGCCCUGUGUGCAUUCCUGUGUUCUUGAUGACGACGCUCCCGGGCGUGUGGCUUUAUCUGCUUCGAGGCGGCUUGGCGUAUGUCGGCUGCUGACCGACGUCACCUGUGGUGCAGAGCACAAGGAAAGGAAACACUGGCAGGACUUGUUUACGCGAUGCAGACUCUGUGGCGGGGAGGGCGGGAAUGGACGUGCCUUCGUAGGUCUCCCGGCGAAAUGAUUGAUCAAAUUAAUUGCUGGCGAUGCGAGUUUGCAUCAGGAGGUUUAGGGUGCUGCGGCCUUGCCGGCUGGUGGCAAUGUACUGGGCACUGCGAGUGCCGUGUGUGUUUGUGCGGUCGGGUCGGGGUUGCUGCUGCUCAGGUGUCACCGCAUCUGUCGAGAGCGCCUGGACAACACACGCACAUUAUUCCUACAGUAUGGUCGUUGGGUGGGUGUGAAAGAAAUGUGUGUGAUCGACGGAUCUUGUGUUUCGGGGCGGCGACGAGCCCAAGCAUUGGCGAAGAGGGCCGAUGGCGGCAAGAGGUGGCUGGUCAGGUCUGGUCUGGUCUGGCCUGGCCUGGCCUGGUCUGGUCCCGCCCACCAGGUGUGGGUUGCUGGCCUGCAGUGCGACCGGCUGCCACACCAUGAGGAAACUCGGUGGAAUUGUUACACCUGGCACUAUGAUGGCACAGUCAUCAAGGCGAGUGAAUGCAUCAAUACCGUACACGUGUGUGUGGUGGACUGGUGGUGUUUUGUGGUGUUCACAGUGAGGAUGCGGCUUCAAGAUCGGUGUGCAUGCAUGUACAGUGGUCAGUGUGUGUGUGUGUGUAGGCACGCGCGCGCGUGUGUAGGCAUCUGUAUUUGUGUGCGUGGGCGUGUUUGUGCGCGCAUGUGCUCAGUGGGUUACGUGCCACGUGGAGUUGGACGCCGGAGGUGGUUUCCCCUGGCUGCCGUGUCAGAGUGUGCGUGAAUGGGCACGUGCAGGGGCACGUAUGUGCUUGCAGUUUGCGCGUGGAGAUGGCUCGCGGCUUUGUCGGGGCUGCGGCCUAAGCAGUACAAGCACCUCGAAACGAAUUCAUAACUGGUCUCGUUGUAGCGCUGUGCCGUAGUCGGCAUGGCGGCAGUAGAUGGGUGCCUCAAUCAGUGCGGUGCGUGUGUGCGUGUGGGUGGCAGGGAUUCAUCAGGUCGGAAUGCGGCGGAGGCAUUGCCGACACGGCCGGUGGGGUGAGGUGAGGUGAGGUGUGGUGUGGUGGCAUGGGGUGUGGGAACAGGACCGGCAGUGACCGGCACGUGGUAGGGCACUCAGCUUGGUGUGUGGGUGGUCCGUGUGGGUGCGUCAUGCGCCAGCGACAGUUCGUCAUUGCUUCUCGGAAAGCGGUGGCGCCUGGGUAAGCUACCUACACACCUAGAUGCGUGGAGAACGGGGUCAUGAGUCAGGUCAUGAGUAUUUGAGUGGAGCUUGCUGCUGGCUGCUUCACCCUUCCAAGACCGUCCUACAUUUCACUCGUUCGAGUUAUUUGUCUUAUUACAUCGACAAAGAAGCACUGUGUUGAUCUAUUUAGGAAUUGCAUAAGGCAGCAUAAGGCUGCUAUGGAUGUUUUGUCUGUUGGUCGAUGGCGCAGUGGCGCACUGUGGGAAUGCGAGUUUCAUUGAAGGGCUCAAUUUGAGCCGAGGCUGUAAGGGGCAGGGCCCGAUGGCGGUUGCGGAGCUGCCCCCAAAGGCAGCAACCGAAAAGUGUAAAUCCAAUUCAAA